UUGAUUAAUAUGCUGCACUUCACCUAAAAAACCAAAAACCAACACAACAAAACCAAACCCACGCAGACCAUACCUCCUCCUUCUUCAAUCUCUCUCUCUCUCUCUCUCUCUCUCUCUCUAGAAAAAUGAGGAUUAGGGUUUUCUACAUCCUAGCUUUUCUCCUCCUCUCCUCUCCCUUCCUCCUCCAAGUUGCUAGGUGUCAAUCGGAUUUGGAGGAUGAAGUUGCUGCAGGUGUUAUUGAAGCAGGUGAUCUUGGGAUUGUUGGUGAGGAUGUCCAAGAUUUCGGCGAUGGCAGUUUUAGUCCAGCUCCAGGGGUGGAAACAAUUUGCGUUUUCCCAAAAAAUCCUUCCAGAGUGAUUGCCGCAGGGGAAGAGAGUGAACUAUUAGUUGGACUGAAAAAUGAGGGGGAAUCAAGUAUGAAUGUCAUUGCAAUCAAGGCCAGCGUUCACCUUCCUUUUGAUCAUAAUAUGUUGGUUCAAAAUCUUUCUACACAGGGUUUUAACAAUGCCUCAGUUCCUGCCUCAGCUCAGGCUACUUUUCCAUACAUAUUUGCUGUCAGCAAAUUUUUGCAGCCUGGAACAUUUGAUCUUGUGGGCACCAUUGUCUACGAAAUAGACCAGAACCUAUACCAAAGUACAUUCUAUAAUGGUACCGUUGAAGUUAUUGAAGCUGGUGGCCUCGUCAGUGUUGAGUCUGUCUUCCUAUUUUUCCUUGGAAUCGCGCUUCUUUGCCUUCUUGGAUUAUGGAUUCGUGGUCAGAUACAGAACCUUUCCAAGAAAACUAAGAGGUCACCAAAGGUGGAAGUUGGAACCAAGACAACUGAUGCGUCGAUGGACGAAUGGCUGCAGGGAACUGCAUUUACUCAGUCACUGUCGAGCAAAUCAAAAAAGAAGAAGUAGAUGAUCUAGCAUGCUCUCCCAGAUCAUUAUCUGCAUAGCACUGUGAUGAGGCUUAGACUCUUGUAAUUCGUUUUAGGCAUUUGGAGAUUUUGAGAGAGCCCAAAAGGUGACUUUGGAGGAAGAGAGAGACACACUUGCCUCUUUGUUGUAGCAUGAGGACUAAACUUUUUUACAUUUCAUUUUCUUGGAGACAGCUGAAAAUUCUAGCCCUUUUUUUUUUCCUUCUUUUUUUCUAAACAAAACUAACCGAGAUUUGAGGUAGGAAAAAGACAGUUUUGUUAAACCCCUGAGUUUUUCUUAGAUUAUAUGCUUUAUUUUGCUCUUUCAAUUUGAUCAUUCUGGGCUUUUUUC